UGAUCGAGUCCGAGUCGCCACCGGCGUUCAGUACGCCCUCGGCAUUCGCCGGCACCGCUAUGGUUGUCGCACGUGCCGCCUUGUUCCGCCGCAUGGGGUUUCCCGUCCCCCCUCUCCCUCUCAUUCACCCAGGCAGCGUCAUGCUGCAGGAACUUACUCAUAUGGACCGCAUUACUCAACUGCAAGAUGAGAUUCAGCAGCUCCUUACGAUCAUGUCAAACAGCAUCGCAUACCUCACCUCCCGUGCCAACUUCUCACAAGUCAGCCAGGACGUCCCCGUCACAAAACAGCGGAAAGCCGACAAGUUCGACCCGCCCGAGGUCCUCGAAGCGAACAAGCGGGAACUCGUGAAUGACCUUGUCGUGAAAGCUAAGCAGGUCGACUAUCUGAUUCAGUCCCUACCGGAACCGGAAGCCGAGGAGGUGCAGGCUACUCGCCUCCAGGAACUAGAGAACGAGAUGGCAGAAGCAAAUGCGGAGUAUGCCCAAGCCGUGGCCCGUGCCAAGAGCUUAUAUGAACAAGUCUCAACCGUUCUGCGCACAAUGCUAGACGACGUCGACUUGCCCGACGACUCGGACCUCGGCUGAAUAUCAAGUUCCGCGUCGCAUCCCUGCCUAGAGGGCAGUGCGCCAGCAUGGCCCUCAUACGCCGAACGUACCAUCCCCACCGUGGCCAGUCAUCCCAUCUGACCGUACUUUGGGCGAAACUCGACCGACCGACCGACGCCAGGGUGUGUAGGGAGGAGCUUGAGGAAUUGUGCUCCAUAUGCCCUUCAUCAGAAACGGCAACUGAUUGUCGUCAUAUAUAUACAUCCGUGCAGGGGCAAGUGCACGUCGCACGUUGCUCCUACUUACUUACAUACCAAGGGAUACGACGCGACGUGGCAAUUUUGGCCGCGCGAUCGCCGUGCAAUACAGUUGUUCGC